AUGACGUUUUAUAAGCGCUUUGAUGAGAUAUCAGCCAAACUUACAAAGCUUUUCCGUACUAAGAAUUCGCUCAAGGAAACCGCUGCCGAAUUUGACGAACUUUCCAGGACUCAAGACGAAGAAAAUCCGUUCGAAUGCGGACUUGUCGCUCUUGCAAAGUUCGGAGAAAUGCAAUGUUGGCAAAAAAUCGAAGACAAACAACAUACAGUUAGAACUGCUGUUAAAGCAGCUCGUUUAUUUAUCAAAUCUGCAAAUUUCAAUUUUAGCAUUUCAAGAAAUCUUCGCGAUACAUGGUCAGACCCAUUAGCUGAUGGACUUCAUUGCUAUCGUGUAGCAGCUGAUGUACUUAAAUCCGAUAAUAAACCAAAUCUUGCUGUAGUUUUACUUCUUGAGCUUGGAAAGACAGAAGCUCAAUUCGAUCUUCUCCACUAUGCAGGAAAUACAUACGAAGAAGCUGCAAAUCUUUGCUUAGAACAACAUCUUUCACCUCCACUUCUAUUCGAUUCUGUUUUUAACUGUGUUGACUGCUAUAGCAGAGGUGACAGACUAGAUCUUGCUCUGUUGGUUGUCGAUCGAGUCCAAACUAAACUUGGAGAGGAAAAUAAUGACCAAAUUAACUCUUCACAAUUAAUGAAGGCUCAAUUGACAAAUAUUAAGAUACUUAAAGCCCAAUUACUUCUUGCAGCCUUCAAAUACCAGGAUUGCAUUACAUAUGCUGAAAAGAACCUUGAACAAGGCGUUGCAGAGUUAUUCAAGCAGUUAUGCGAUGCAACAAAGUCAAACCAAAUCGCUGUUAUUGAUGCAAUUAUCAACCAAGCUAGAAGUUCAAAUUACUUCACAGAAUUACAGAUUUCUUUGUUUGAGAGACACCACUUCCUUUUGUCUAAGAGUGUCGAGGCAGCAUAUGCAGAAUUGUCCCAAUAA